UCGGAUAACAUUGAGUUGUGCACCACACGCUGCAGCGAUCGCAAGUUCCGCAUUGUAUGUUCAUUAGGGGGAGUUAUUUUUGUGGCUUUUUCGCCAACAUCACGGCUGCUGCUGCAGCAUAGUUUGUUCGAGUAGCCAUGUCAGACACAUGGAGCAACAUCCAGGCGCACAAGAAGCAGCUGGACUCCCUGCGGGAAAGGCUCCAGCGGCGGCGGAAAGAGCCGACGUCAAACGCGACUCAACCCGCCUCUGAGGUGACCACAAGUGCAGACGUCCCCGUGUCCAGGAGCGACAGCCCGGCCCCGUCGGCCGCUUCGGCUCCGUGCGGCGCGCGGGAGGACACCGCGAAACCUCCAGACCCUGAAUUGGAGAAGAGGAUGUUGGCCUAUUUGUCGGAUCUCAGUCUCCCUCUGCCGAAGGACUCGCUCGCUAUCACCAAAGAAGUGAAUGGCUCUGAGACGGCCGUCGCUCAUGAAUGCAUCCAGAGUCUUUUGCUCAAGUUCUCCGCUCAGGAGCUCAUCGAAGUGCGGCAGCCGGCAUUGUCGUCUUCUUGUACGACGGUGGUCGUAGCGGUGGACCAUACCAAACUAUGGGCUAUGAUCGGAUCAGGUGCCGGUGCCCCGCGGGCGGGAGUCAAGAGAAAAGCUGAGGAGCAGUCCCAGAACACGAGAAGUCCUGGCUUCUCGCCUUCGGUGCAGGGCUCCGCUUCUCCUCCCCACCCUGCAGCCGCUGCCACAACCAAUGUUUUGCCGGCGGCGUCUUGGCAGACGUCGGGCAUGCUUGGUGCAUCGGGGAGCAACGCCGACAAGAAAGGCAGGAGCAGUAAAAGUCAUUCGUCUCACUUGGACAUGGAAAUUGAAAGCCUGCUCAACCAGCAGUCCACAAAAGAGCAGCAGAGUAAGAAGGUGAGCCGAGAAAUCCUGGAGCUGCUUAAUGCCAGCACAGCCAAAGAACAAUCUAUAGUGGAGAAGUUUCGCUCUCGCGGCCGCGCUCAAGUACAAGAGUUUUGCGACCACGGCACCAAGGAGGAGUGCGUCCGCUCUGCGGACACGCCUCAACCGUGCACCAAACUCCACUUCCGGCGCAUCAUCAACAAUCACACGGACGAGAACCUGGGCGACUGUUCCUUCCUCAAUACGUGUUUCCACAUGGACACCUGCAAGUACGUCCACUAUGAGAUCGACAGCCCCCCCGAAGCCGAGGGGAGCCCGGCGGGGGCCCAGCCGGGUGCCGCCGAGCUUGGCCUGCACGGCGACGCCGACAGCAACGUGGGCAAACUCUUCCCCUCUCAGUGGAUCUGCUGUGACAUCCGCUACUUGGACGUGUCCAUCCUGGGCAAGUUUGCCGUGGUGAUGGCCGAUCCGCCCUGGGACAUCCACAUGGAGCUGCCCUACGGCACGCUGACGGACGACGAGAUGAGGAAACUCAACAUUCCCGUCCUGCAGGAUGACGGCUUCCUCUUCCUCUGGGUGACCGGCGGAGCGAUGGAGUUGGGGAGGGAGUGUCUGAGUCUGUGGGGCUAUGAACGUAUUGAUGAAAUCAUCUGGGUUAAGACCAACCAACUUCAGAGAAUCAUCCGGACAGGAAGAACAGGACAUUGGCUGAAUCACGGGAAGGAGCACUGCCUGGUGGGCGUCAAAGGCAACCCUCAGGGAUUCAACAGAGGUUUGGACUGUGAUGUCAUCGUUGCCGAGGUCCGUUCCACCAGUCACAAACCCGACGAGAUCUACGGAAUGAUCGAGAGACUCUCGCCGGGAACCAGGAAGAUCGAGCUCUUCGGUCGACCGCACAACGUGCAGCCCAACUGGGUGACGCUUGGGAACCAGCUGGACGGGAUUCACCUACUGGAUCCGGAGGUGGUGGCCCGCUUCAAGGAACGCUACCCGGACGGCGUCAUCUCCAAACCCAAGAACAUGCAGACGCCACAUAAUUGACACGCGGUGGAUGCAGCCAGCACGCAUCACGGCUUCCAUCCACUGUUUUUUAAUACUCUGCAAACUAUGAAUUGCUAUUUUUUUUAAACUGAAUGUAAGUCUUGGUUUCUGAUGAACUCUAUGUCGUAAUGUGAUGAAUGAAUGAAAUAGAUUUGACCGCCUUUUCGCGCAAUUACCUGACAUACAUACAUACGUAGUGCUAUUUUAAGUGUAACCAAUGUCUCAAUGUGUUUCCUUUAACAGAAAAUGACUACGGGCAAUG